GUAUACAUUAUACACCAUACACUCCAUUGAAGCAACAAACUUCUAGUUCCACUUCCAUCCAUGGCAAUGGAGCACCAUCAUCAUCAUCAUCAUCAUCAACCUCUCCACAUAGCAGUGUUCCCAUGGCUAGCUUUUGGUCACAUGAUGCCAUUUUUAGAGCUCUCCAAAACCUUAGCUUCAAAAGGCCACCAUAUCUCCUACCUAACCACCCCUACAAACAUCUCCAAACUCUCCUCCUCUUCCCUCUCCCCUCUCAUCACCUUCAUCCCUCUCCCACUCCCUCCAAACCCCAACCUCCCACCCCUCGCCGGCGCCACCUCCGACGUCUCACCGGACCAAGUCCAACACCUCAAACUUUCUCUAGACUCUCUCCACCUCCCCUUCACCACCUUCCUCCAUGAAUCCUCUCCCAAACCAAACUGGCUUCUCUUAGACUUCGCCACUCCAUGGGCCAUUCCUAUAGCUUCAACCUUCUCCAUCCCUUGUGCCUUCUUCUCCAUCUUCACUGCUUCUUUCCUUUCUUUCAUAGGCCCUUCCUCUGAGCUCACUGAUGACAAAGGCUCAAGAACCUCACUGGAAAACUUCACCCUCAAACCAAACUGGAUCCCUUUCCCUUCCAACCUCUCUUACUCUCUCCAUGGUGCAAAAACCCUAAUGGCUAUUUAUGAAAACAACAUUACCGGCAUAUCAGAUAUAUCUAGGUAUAGGAAAACCAUUGAAGGUUGUGAAGCUUUCUGUAUAAGGACAUGCAUGGAGGUUGAAGGUGAGUUUGUAAAGCUUCUCAGAGAUCUCCAUCAGAAGCCAGUGCUUCCUUUAGGGUUACUUGCACCAUCAAGAGAAGCAGUUGGGAAGAUGAUGAUCAACGAGGAGGAGAUGUUUGCAUGGUUGGACAUGCAGAAGAUAAGGUCAGUGGUUUACGUGGCUUUUGGAAGUGAAGCAACGUUGAGUUUAGAGUUACUGCAUGAGCUUGCAUUAGGGUUGGAGUUAUCAGGGUUAUCAUUUUUGUGGGUUUUGAGGAAGGGUUUAGGGUUGGGAGAUGGAGUAAUGGAUGAUGAUCAGGUGUUGCCAUUAGGGUUUGAGGAGAGAGUUAGUGGACGUGGGAUGGUGGUGAGAGGAUGGGUGGAUCAAGUAGGGUUUUUGAGUCAUUCUGGAUGGAGUUCUAUUGUUGAAGCAUUAGGGUUUGGACAUCCACUGAUGUUGUUGCCAAUAUAUGUGGAUCAAGAGGCAAAUGCAAGGUUGGUGGUGGAGAGAGGGUUUGGGGUGGAGGUGAAGAGGAGGGAAGAGGAUGGGUAUUUUGGGAAAGAGGAGGUGGUUAGGGUUUUGAGGUUGGUGAUGGUGGAGGAUCAAGGGGAUGGAGUUAGGGUUAGGGUUAGGGCUGAAGAGAUGAAGAAGGUGUUUGGUGAUGCUGUUGGUCAAGAUAAGUAUGUUGAUGACUUUGUUAGGUUUUUGAAGGGUAAUAAAGAGAUGUUUGAUGUUUGAUUUUUUUUUUUUUUUAAUUUCUUUUAUGUAAAAUUAUUUCAUGCCCCUGCAAAACAUUUGUAUUUUCUUAUGGUAUAUGUUUCUCCCUCUUUUUUCUCUCCAAAAUAAAUGAAAG